GACUCUACCAUCAUUGGUAGUCUGCACGCUGGUAGGACCAUAUUUGCUACCCUCCUCCUCCUGCUUCUGAAAAUACGAUUCUCUCUUCCUCCCUUUAACAGCUUUUCCCCAGGCGUGGGAAAUUUCUCGCCAUUGACGUCCGCUGCUGCUUUGGCAAUUAAUCUCUUGCUCCGGGUACCGGCGGCUCUCUCCUUCCAGGCAGGCACUCCUCUCAUGGCGGGGAGAAGGGGGGGCCCGUUACUCACACCGGCGCGGCAGAGGAGGAGGAGGAAGAAGAAGAAGAAGAACUGGGAAAGGCUCCGGAGCGAAAAGGACAGCUCUGAGCCAUCGGCUCUAUGUUUUACCACAGCGCGUUGAGUUACUCGGUAGGAAGAAGGAGGACUCUCCGUCUCCCACCGCGAGCAACAGCAGUGAUCUCAGCCGGGGAUCCUGAUUGAUCAGCUGCCGCUGCCUCGUUGUGGUCACUAGGGAGGUCCUCCCCACCAUCAGCCGUCCCUGAAAGCCGCCUGCCGCUGCUUGGUUGGUCAACAUGGGAGAGGACACGGCAGCUGGGAGAGAGGAUGUAGUCUCAUCUGUAGCUAUGAGCAAUCAUGAUGUUCUCAUGCAUCAAACAACUCAGGGGAGCAAUCGUUUAGACUCCAAAGCUGCCAAUGGUAAUAGACAGACAGAAGAAACUGCUCUGCUGAACAACAGUGGACAACAGCCUCCAAAACUGGCUGAGUCAAAGACAUCAGGGAAACUGAGGCAAAUAUGGGCUUGUCCUCCACAAGGCAUAGCUGCCAGAACAGUAACACAUGUGGCAGCAGCUGCCCUGGUUUGGGCUGUGGGCUGGUCCAUUACAGGCCGUGAGUGUCUUCCUGGUGGGAAUCUCUUUGGAAUUUUGUUUCUUUUCUUUUUUGCUGUGAUUGGUGGUAAAAUCAUGGGGCUAAUUAAACUACCUGGCCUGCCUCCUCCACUCCCUCCCCUUCUUGGAAUGUUGCUUGUUGGGUUUCUCCUCAGAAAUGUCCCAGGAUUCAGCGAUAUAGUCCGGAUCGAUGUGAAAUGGUCAGCUUCCCUGAGGAAUAUUGCUCUCUCCAUCAUCUUGGCCCGUUCUGGUCUUGCACUUGACCCAAAGGCGCUGAAAAAAUUAAAGGCUGUCUGCUUAAGAUUAAGCUUGGGGCCGUGUGUCAUUGAAGCCUGUGCGGCAGCUGUCCUGGCUCACUUUCUCAUGCACCUACCUUGGCCAUGGGGAUUUAUGUUAGGAUUUGUUCUAGGUGCUGUGUCUCCUGCUGUUGUGGUCCCCUCGAUGCUCAUUUUACAAGCGGGAGGAUACGGUGUUGACAAGGGCGUCCCGACUUUGCUCAUGGCUUCUGGCAGCUUUGAUGACAUCCUGGCCAUCACAGGCUUCAACACUUGCUUAGGAAUGGCCUUCUCCUCGGGCUCCACCCUUGACAAUAUCCUCCGUGGUUUUCUGGAAGUUGCAAUUGGUAUAACAACUGGUGGUCUUCUAGGAAUUUUCGUUCAUUACUUCCCAAGCAAGGAUCAGGCAUCUCUUGUGUGGAUAAGAGCAUUCUUUGUGGUGGGCCUAUCCGUGCUUGCUGUUUUCAGCAGUACAUACUUUGGCUUCCCUGGAACUGGAGGGCUGUGCACUAUUGUCAUGGCAUUUCUGGCUGGUAUGGCAUGGUCUGAGGAAAAGAGGAAGAUAGAAGAAAUUGUUGGGGUUGCCUGGGAGAUUUUUCAACCUUUUCUUUUUGGUUUAAUUGGAGCUGAAAUAUCCAUUACCUCUCUCGUACCUGAAACAGUUGGGCUGUGUGUGGCCACAUUGAGUAUUGCAUUAUUAGUACGAAUUAUUGCCACAUUCCUGAUGGUGUGUUGUGCUGGAUUUGACAUCAAGGAGAAAGUAUUUAUUUCAUUGGCAUGGAUCCCCAAAGCAACUGUCCAGGCUGCAAUUGGUUCUGUUGCCUUAGAUACAGCACGAGUGCAAGAAGAUCAAAAGCUAGAACAAUAUGGCAUGAAUGUCUUGACGGUUGCUUUCCUAUCAAUCUUGAUCACAGCUCCAGUUGGAGCUCUGAUCAUUGGCCUGGCCGGGCCCAAGCUGCUCCACAAGGCUGCUGAUGUAGGCAGUAAAGAUCCUAAACAUGGGAGAAGAAGAGAAGAAGAAGAAGAAAUUGAAACAUCUGGAUGGGUAUAGGGAAAUGAAUGAGCCGAAGAACACCCAGUUGGCAUUCCAAGCUGCCUAGGAAUCAUGACUGCAGAAGUUAUGAAGGCCUAUGGAAUGCAUCGCAUUCUGGCUAAAACAGCAGAAGUACUGAUAGAAAAACAGACUGUAUUAAACCAGCAUCCAGAUUUCUUUUCAACCUAACCCAGGUAUUUAAGGAAAGAAGUCACAAGCCAAAUAGUAUUUGGCCAAACCAUUGACUGGUGAAAAUAUACCAGUGGCCCAAUUUGGAGACAUGAAUGCCAGCAAGACAGAAGAAAUCACUUGAGAUGGUGCCUAAAAAUAUAACUUAGUCAGUAAGGUGGUCUUGAAGUAGAAAGAAAUAUAGGAUCCAGAACUGACAGUAAAUUACUGAUUGAGAUCAUGGGUUUGGAAAUUAAAUGGUAAGUUAAUAUUUUCAGAGGUAGUAUGUGCUGACAGUGGGUGUACAGUCUUUAGAACAACCCAGUACCCUUCUAGGAGAUGGAUAUUUCUUUUCCCUUCUUGUACCUUUAAAACCUAAAGUGACAAAAAACACAAGUACUUGUAAUUAGGGCUGUCACUCAAUUAAAGAAAUCUUCAUUAAUCAACCGAUUAAUCUGCAUAUAUUUGCGUAUUUUAAAAAUGGUUUUAAAGGGAAAAAGUACUUUCUUAGUCUUUAGAUCUUCAUGCCCAUGUUGUAGCAAGCAUCAUCUUUGAAGAGGCAUUUACCGUUCUCUCACACAGGACAAAAUGCUUCUUGUCAUCUGGAAUUUUUAGAAGUACUUCUAAACAUAAUACACUUAAAAUUAAAAGCAGAUGCCCAAUUAAUUGGGGGUAUCUUUUUAGAUUCACCAAAGUGUUUUAAUCUUUUUUAAAAUCUCCAUUUUAAUUUCCAUUUCCAAUGUAAUCUCCAUUUCAAGUUGGAGAUGCUUUGGAAUGCACUCCAAAUACUGUAUAGCUCAAAAUAAGAGCUGCUCCAUCUCUGAUUGCUUUUUAAAAGACUCUUAAGAAACAACUCUUUUCUCAAGCUUUUAAAAUUAGUUUUAAAUUGUUUUUAUCCUGUGAAAUUAUUUUAAUUGUUGCACUCUGUGAAUUGUUUUUAACUGGUUUUUAUUCUGUGAAAGGGUUUUGUUUUUAUAUUGUAAUUUGAAUUGUGUACACUGCCUAGAGAUGUAUAUAUCAGGCGGCAUAUAAAUAUGACAAACAAAUAAAUUUUGAAGCAAUGAAGAUC